AUGGAGGAGCUGAUCAGCAGCGGACUGGCGGGGAUGGACAUAUCCAUCCUCCACGGGGGCGAGGGCGAGGGCGAGGACGAGGGCGAGGAUGCCAGUGCCACCAGAGAGCAGAGGGAGGAGAAGAUGAAGGAUGUGAGGAGGGAGAACCAUGAUGAGUAUAUUAACAGCACACCUCCUCCAUGUCCAUCAAGUCUUGGUCCCACGCGCUUUACAUUCGGAUCCAUCCCGAGCUACGCGAGACCUCAUUGUACCAUGCAGAUCUUCAGCGUUCGGGUGGCUGACCUGGAAGACGGCCUCCAGUGGCCGCUGCAUGUCCACGGCCUGGUCGCCGCCAGGGACACCUCGGAUCACAAUCGCAACUUCCUCUUCAACCGCACCAGGGAUAACUGCCAGGUCCUCACCCAACAGGAUCCAUACCUACUGCUGACAGGCCCGUCGCGCGCGAUCGUGAUCAUCGACCCGAUCACGAUUGAGUUCCAGCUGAAGGUGAAGAGCAAGAUGUACCCCGAAGAGGACGAGAUGCUGGCCUUUGGGAUCUUCAACUACCCCCAGACCUACCUUGCCACACAUGUGAUCCGCUCUCGUAUCCUCUGCGACCGGUGCACGAUCGAGCUUGCCUAUGCGCCGCUGGACCCCUCGGUCGAGGCGACCGUCAUCGGUGUCCGGAUCAUCGACGGUGUCUGGCCAGAGGGUCUCCGAGGGCGCGUCGUCACCGAGGUCACAACCGUGAGGGAAGGGGAGGUGCUGCUGCUUGACUCCCGGGACGGGAAGAUGCCGAUCAGCCCUUCGACCGGCGUGGUCGAGCUCUCGAGGCGCGUCGUGUCAGUGGACCUCGAGGGGGGGAAGCUGGUUGUCUCCGUGGUGGCGUCCCCUCAGACCGCUGGCAAAGAAGACGGCGAUGAUGGUGGUGGCGCUGCCGUCGUUGUUGCGCGAGGCGAGGCCGUGUUCGCGCCGAAGAGGGCCGGCACGAGCAGUGGCACCUGCGAUCUUGGCUUCUGCAAGGUGGAGGUUGCUGUUGCAUGGUCCCUUGUUUCGAGCUUGUGGAAUGAGCGGCGCGCCCUCGCGAAACUCGCGGAGGAGAGGCCAUGAAUGAGUGUUCUUUGUGUUCCUGUGUACU